GAAUAAAUAAUUAAUCACAAUUAACAAAUCCUAGACACAAAACAAAAAGUGGGGCGGGCACGCAGAGCAGAGGGAGGAAGAAAGGGUCGAAGAGAAUGUGGGAAUCAAUUGUUUUGACGGUGGUUGCCACUGCCGGCAACAACAUCGGCAAAAUCCUUCAGAAGAAGGGCACUGUCAUUCUUCCCCCUCUCUCUUUCAAGCUCAAGGUCAUAAGGGCAUAUGCUUUGAACAAAACCUGGCUCAUAGGUUUUGUAAUGGAUAUAUUUGGGGCACUGUUGAUGUUAAGGGCAUUAGCUCUUGCUCCUGUCUCCGUCAUCCAACCAGUUUCUGGCUGUGGAUUGGCAAUUCUCUCAGUCUUUUCUCAUUUUUAUCUCAAGGAAGUUAUGAAUAUUGUUGAUUGGGUGGGCAUUACCUUGGCAGGUUUUGGCACAAUAGGAGUUGGUGCUGGAGGUGAGGAGCAAGAGGCUGCUGCUCUAUCUAUAUUUCACAUACCGUGGCUGGCAUUUGUUGUUUUCAUCUUGUUUAUAAUGCUUAAUGGAUGGCUUCGCAUAUUCAAACGCAAUCGAAGAGAACAAGAGAUGAUGGAAUAUGAUGUUGUUGAGGAAAUUAUUUACGGCUUAGAAUCUGGAAUUUUGUUUGGGAUGGCAUCUGUAAUAUCAAAGAUGGGGUUUCUGUUCUUGGAGCAAGGCUUCCCCAAGCUGUUGGUUCCUAUUUGCAUCAUCAUAAGUGUCUGUUCAAGUGGUACAGGCUUUUACUACCAGACACGUGGUCUAAAACAUGGGCGGGCUAUUGUAGUUUCUACAUGUGCCGCAGUGGCAUCAAUUUUGACUGGUGUACUUGCUGGGAUGCUUGCUUUGGGUGAGCGACUCCCUUCGGCCCCAAAAGCUCGCUUGUUACUUCUUCUUGGAUGGCUACUUAUAAUUGUUGGCGUGAUUUUACUUGUUGGUUCUACAAAGCUAGUGAGAUUCUUUCGAUUUUCUUCACACCGCUUUAAGAAUUAUGGCCCUAGAAGAUCUGGAACUUCCCGUGUUAGGGAACCUAGCCCAACUGCUGUCAUUCAAGCAGCGACCUUAAAUCAUUUACUCUCAUCAUCUUCCAAAGAAAAAGCUUGAUUUGACUUGAGCUGGAAAAUGAUCCUUCAUCCAUUCUCAGGAAUCACCCUCACCCCUUAAAGAAGAAGACCCCUUUUGUAAGGUUAGGUUGUUUGUGUACAGUGGUUGCUUUAUCAGAGGGCAUGAAUUUUUAGGGAUCAUUCCUUCUGGCUCACGUAUUUUACGUGAAAAAUCAUCACCUUUUCUGAUGCCACUUGUAUAAUUCAUGAACUUCCAAUAUUUCUCAAUAUUGUAUAUGAAGAUGGUAUAGCCAGAUGCAGAAUGCUAGCAUAUCAUGGAAACAAAUUGCAGGGUGCAGUGGAGAACGAUUUAUUCCUAAUUUCCUAUGCUAAUGUAGUAGCAGUGUUCUUUGAGAUUAGGUUUGACUUCCGUUACCGGGUAAUAGGACAAGGCUGUACUUUAUCCUCUGGAAACUAUCAUCGUGGCAAAAGUGCUGAUUCCAUCAAAAUUUAGGCCACAAACCCUCCGUUGAAGGGAAUUAUAAUGAUGAUUUGAUCCUGAUUGUUAGAUGAGGGAGAGUUUACUAUUUGACAUUUCUAAAGUGAGAGGGUAUAUUUAUUUCCUUUUAAUUUAAAGUUAAGAUUGUGAGGUAUUUUAAUCAAAAUCAAGAGGUAGAUAUAUUCUUACCUUUUCACUUUA